GAGCAGGGAUAUGAAGCUCAAUCCCAUGCAGCAGACGGAGGGUGACAUCAAGAAAAGGGUCCAGAAGUGGAGGGCCAGCCAGGUGGGAGAGCAGUAAGAGUUGUCGUUUUCGUUUGACGUUGCGUCGGGUCCUGUUCGACCCGAAUGGCGAGCGGAUGUAUCGCAUUGGACGGCGUUUGAGGCAUGGCGUUGGACCGGUACGCGAAGAGAAGGAUGGUUUGUAGGAAGGGACCCAUCCAGCCGACCGCAUGCGCCCUCGCAAGGACUGCUGCGGCAUUUUUUCUCCAUUUUGAUGUUCUUCAGGCACGUAUGGCCAUUUGUUUCCGCAAUCCACACGUCGCGCAUUUUUCCCAUAAUUUCGAUACUUCCAACGUCGCUUGCCGCCAUGUGGUUGACAGUAGUAUGUAUGAGCCGAGCAGCCUUCGCGGGGGAAAAUGCCUCACUGACGUGCAAGCGCGCGAAAUCAUCCCGGAGGACUCUCGCCGCCUCGACACGAGCUGCGGUCUAGGUACAACAUCCUCCGCCGCAUUCGCUUUCGUAUGCUGCCGGCAGGUACCUAGCAUUGACCAGGAUGUCACCGAAAGCCGCAAAGGGAAGCGAACAUGCCAGGGUCGCCAAGAAAGGCAUCAAUGCCCUCUAAAAAGGUGUUGUAUCCUCGCUACGAGUGCGCAAAUGCAUGUUACGCGAACAUUAUGUGGGUUGUAUUAAGGACCUCCGCGUACAGAUCGGGUAGGCGGCCCAGCAGCGCCGGCGGCUGCGAAGGGGGUCGCACGGAGUACCGCGAGAGUCUAUA